AUGGGGAUUAUGUGGAUGGGUUUUUUGAAAUUGCUGGUGUUAGCUAUGACAGUGUUUGAGGUUUGGAGAGCUGUGGGUGCUGAUGAGGUUCAAUGCAUAGAGAAGGAGAGGGAAGCCUUACUUCGCUUUAAGGCUGCUCAUGGGAAUGGUUCUUCCCUUGUCAGAUGGUCUUCAUGGGGUAGCAAACAGCACAAGACAGAUUGCUGUGAAUGGGAGGGAGUUUUCUGCGACAACCAAACUGGCCAUAUCACCAAGCUCCAUCUUCCUGCUGAUUUUCCACUAUUCCUCUUAAAAGGUGAGAUUGAUGCAUCAUUGGUGGAGUUACAAUACUUGAUGUAUUUGAACCUUAGUUCCAAUUGUUUUGAAGAUAGCUCCAUCCCGGAAUUCCUUACCUCUCUAACACACUUAAGAUACCUUGAUCUCCACAAUUGCGGUUUAAGUGGAGCCAUACCUCAUCAGCUUGCAAAUCUCUCGCAGUUGAGGUAUCUUGAUCUCUCAGGCAAUUACCUUCUUGGAGGAGCAAUACCUCGUCAACUUGGAAAUCUCUCACAAUUGCAGCAUCUUGAUCUCUCAGAUAAUACUCUUAGCGGAGUAAUACCUUAUCAACUUGGGAACCUUUCCAACUUGCAGAAUCUUCUUCUACGCUUUGCAGGUACUCUCCAGAUUGAUAGAGAAAAUGGUGGUGCUGGACAUGAGUGGCUGUCUAGUCUUACUUCUUUGACCCGUCUAGAGCUGGCAAAUGUGACUGAUCUUAAAUAUUCUCACAAGUGGUUGCAAAUGAUUGCAAAGCUGCCCAACUUGAAAGAGCUAACUAUAAUGUACAAUGAUCUUUCAGAUGAGCAUAUCCUCUCCUUACCCUCGUUAAAAUUCAAUUCCUCUUCCUCUCUUUCUAAAUUAGAUUUCAGCGGGAAUGAUUUCCAGUCAUCUGCAAUAUUCCAUUGGAUCUUAAAUAUCAGCACCAACUUGCUUGAUCUUAGUCUUGACGAGAACAACUUGAAAGGUCCAAUCCCUUAUGAAUUUUCUAGUACCUUGAAUUCUCUUGAGAAUCUAGACCUUAGUUAUAACGAAAUCACCGGCACACUGGUAAACCUUUCCACAUUCUCAUCUUUAAAGAAUCUUGACAUUUCAAGGAACUUGUUGAAUGGGACAAUACCCAAAGAUUAUCAAUUUCCCUCUUCACUGGUGUCUUUGCAUAUUAGUUUCAACUCCUUAAAAGGCACUCUCACAAACUCAAAUCUUGCCAAUUUGCACAACAUGAAGGUUUUAGACCUAUCUGAUAACUCAUUGACUUUGAGAUUUAGUCAUGAUUGGGUCCCGCCAUUUCAAUUACAAGCCAUCCAUGUGCGGUCAUGCAAGCUAGGUCCUGAUUUUCCGAAAUGGUUGCAAACUCAAAAUAAUUUCACGGAACUUGACAUUUCAAAUAAUGGAAUUUCAGGCACUAUUCCAGAGUGGUUUUGGGGUUUGUUGACACCACAGCUUCAAUACUUGAAUGUUUCAUGCAACAACAUUUCUGGUACAUUGCCAAAUCUUGCCAUUGAAUUCGGUGAAUUCCCUGCUAUAUCUCUAGCUUCGAAUCACUUUGAAGGCUCACUUCCAAAAUUUCUACAAAAUGCAAUGGCCCUUUUUGUGUCAAAUAAUAGUUUUUCAAAACUUCACACAUUUUUGUGUGCAAACAUGUCAAGUAAAACAUUGCAGGUAUUAGACCUUUCUGAUAAUCAAUUAUAUGGACAGCUUUCUAAUUGUUGGAGUCCUUUCAAAUCAUUGAGGUUUUUAGGCUUGAGUAACAACAAUUUCUCUGGAGAACUUCCUAUUUCUGUUGGUUCUCUACAAAAUCUUGAAGUCUUAAUCUUGAGAAACAAUGGGUUUACCGGAGAGUUGCUCAUUAAUUUGAGUAAUUGCUCAAAUUUAGUAGUUCUUGAUGCGGCGGAAAACAAGUUCUCUGGAUAUAUACCUUCACAGAUUGGGAAUAAUGAUGGAUUGCAAAAUUUGGAAAUUUUAAUCUUACGAAAUAAUAACAUUUCUGGAAGCUUGUCAACUCAUCUUUGUUAUUUAUCAACCCUUCAAUUUUUGGACCUCUCUUUGAACAUUCUAUCUGGACAAAUCCCCAAAUGCUUCAAAAAAUUCACACAAAUGGCUCUCGACAGUGCACAUUAUGAUGGUGCUUUUUUGGGUUAUUUUUCUUCUCCUUAUAGAAGAGUUUCUUUUGAAAUUGAUCCAAUUGCAAUGCUGAUGUGGAAACACCAAGAACGUAUAUUCAAGCAUAGCACAUCAGUUAGAGGCUUUGAUCUUUCAAGCAACAAGUUAAGUGGAAAAAUUCCACGAGAGCUGGGAAUGUUAGUUGAGCUAAUAUCAUUAAAUUUAUCAAGAAAUCAAUUAGAUGGAGAAAUUCCUUCUGAGAUUGGACGUUUAACAUCAUUAGAGUCUCUUGAUUUGUCCAAAAACCAUCUCUUUGGUUCAAUUCCUUCUAGUUUUGCUCAGCUUAAUUAUCUUGAAGUGUUAGACUUGUCAUCUAAUAACCUUUCUGGAAAAAUUCCAACUAGCACACAAUUACAAAGUUUUGAUAACUCAAGUUAUGAAGAAAAUCUUGGCCUAUGUGGAGAACCACUCGAGAUAAAGUGUCCUGGGGAGGAAGAACCUCAAGAAUCAGUUAAGCUCCAAGAAAAUAAUGAUUCAAUUCUUUCUAAGGAGUUUUAUUGCAGCAUGGGGUUUGGAUUUGUUGUUGGAUUUUGGGGAAUUUUUGGGCCAAUACUUUUUAAUCGCUCCUGGAGGCACACGUACUUCAAGUUUCUCAACAAUUUGACUGAUUCUAUCUAUGUUAUGGUUGUAAUAAAUGUGACAAAGUGCAAUAGGUGGCUCAGAGGAGAAGCUACAGUGAACAUCUUCAAGCUCAGUGGCGGGGCUACAUGUAGAGCAGGUGACAUGAUGGGUUAA